GCCAGUGGGAAAUGGCGGAGUAUUUGGCCUCCAUCUUCGGCACCGAGAAGGACAAAGUCAACUGUUCAUUUUAUUUCAAAAUUGGAGCAUGUCGUCAUGGAGACAGAUGCUCUCGGUUGCACAAUAAACCCACCUUUAGCCAGACCAUUGCCCUCUUGAACAUUUACCGUAACCCUCAAAACUCUUCCCAGUCUGCUGAUGGUUUGCGCUGUGCUGAUGAUGAGUUUUUUGAGGAGGUUUUCACAGAAAUGGAGGAGAAGUACGGCGAGGUGGAGGAGAUGAAUGUCUGUGAUAACCUCGGAGAUCACCUCGUUGGAAACGUGUAUGUGAAGUUUCGCCGUGAAGAAGAUGCGGAGAAAGCUGUGAUGGAUUUGAACAACCGCUGGUUCAACGGGCAGCCCAUCUACGCGGAGCUUUCCCCCGUGACCGACUUCCGGGAAGCCUGUUGCCGCCAGUAUGAAAUGGGAGAGUGUACACGAGGCGGCUUCUGCAACUUCAUGCAUCUGAAGCCCAUUUCCAGAGAGCUUCGGCGGGAGCUGUAUGGGCGCCGGCGCAAGAAGCAUCGAUCGAGGUCCCGGUCCCGGGAGCGUCGCUCUCGGUCUAGAGACCGUGGUCGUGGCGGUGGCAGAGGCAGUGGGGGACGGGAGCGUGACAGGAGGCGGUCAAGAGAUCGUGAAAGAUCUGGGCGAUUCUGA